GGUAGUAGUCGCGUCCGCGUCUCUGAUACAGUGGGGUGGUACAGCCUGCUGCUGUGCUGUGGACAAUCAACCGUUCCGGUAGCUUUACUAGGUGAAGGUGAACCACUCUUGAGGUCUAUAUUUGGGGACUACCUAUUCAUAGAUGACGAAAGGUUAACGUCAAUUUAGGAAAAAAACGAAUAAUGGUAACAUAAACAAGUGAUUGCAGAAAUGUAUUUCGAGACAGAGCCAUGGCAAAAUUAAUUCACACCAACUUAGAGAAAUUCAUCAAAUACACGUUCACCAAGAGAAGAACUUACAAAACAUGUAUUUACAUAUUGCUGAUGGUGGCAACACUGAUUGGGACGACAGUGUUGCGAACUAAGAAGUCUCUCUACGUGCUAAUACCAGAAGAUGAGGAAAUCAGACUCAAUGAGGUCACCCCUUCUCAGAGUACGCGGAAGGUGACUAAAUCUCUGAGUGAGAUGCUCGCCACGGUGCCAGAGCUGAGCGACCAUGUGCUCUUCUUCAACCGCGUACCUAAGGCUGGCAGUGAAAUGCUGGUGCUGCUGCUACAGUGGAUGCAGGGUCUCAACGGGUACAAACAUGUCCGGCUGGGAGGCGGCAACACCAGGCGGCUAUCUCGUCACCAGCAGGAACAACUUGUAGAAAAAAUCACUGAAUCCCUUCACGAUGCCACCAUACCGCUAUCAUUUGACAGACAUGUGUAUUUCAUCAACUUCACCUCUUUCGGCCGACAGUCGCCUACGUACAUCAACCUGGUGAGGGACCCUGUGGAUAAAGCUGUCUCAAGGUUCUACUACAGCCGUGUGACUCCCAACCCCAAAAAAUCCCGAUCUGCCCCAUGUGACACCGCCGCGUCCCCGGCUCUCCACGGUUGCCAACUUCGAAGAGUGUGUGCUUACUGCAGACCCAGAGUGCAGCUUCCAGACUGGCCACCUCUACGAUCUUGCCAUCCCCUACUUCUGUGGCCACGACCGUUCCUGCAUGGUCCUGAACGAUCGCUGGGCCUUAGAGCGAGCCAAAGACAACGUGGAACGCUACUUUCCUGUGGUGGGGGUCCUGGAGGAACUUAACUCCACUCUCUCUGUCCUGGAGAAACGGCUGCCGUAUUUCUUCAAGGGCGUGCAAGAGAUUUACUUCAAACAGCUACUUGAGCCGCACAGGAACAGGAACAAGCACCGCCCCAGACAUGUGAGCGAGGAUGUCAGACGGAAGUUACAGACUAGCCUCAAGCUGGAGUACGAGUUUUACAAUUGGCUACGGCGGCGACUUCUCAAUCAGGCCUCUUGG